AUGCAUGCACUCAGCUCCACGACUCGAUCGAUCUACUGGCAGUGACUCGCGUAACACGUGUUUUUUCAAAUAAAAAAAGAUAGAUGCCAGUCCCGGUGCACAUGGCAUGUGUCCCGGCCCGAUCGAUCAGGACACACCCGGCCUAUAUAUUGAGUACCUAGUUACGUGUGCUUCUCAGCAGUGACGAACUCGAAGCUUGCGUUCUUGUAGUAGAGGUCGGCAGCAAGCGGUAGAGCGAGAGGUCGAGAAGAUGAAGAGCAGCACUCUGUUGGCGAUCCUAGUUCUCCAGGCCCUUCUGGUCUCUGCGGCCGUGGCCAAAGGACCUGCAGGGCCGACGACGAAGAAGCAGUGCUGGUGCGGCGAGUGCACCAGCUGGUCGGGCGUGUGGACCUGCGACGACCUCCUCACCAAGUGCGCCGCCACCUGCAAGAACUGCGUCCCCGUGUCCACGGACAAGGGCACCACCAAGUACAGGUGCCGCGACUUCCUCCCCGAAAACUGCGGCUGCAAGAUCCACUAGACUCAUCCACAGCGGCACAGCCGAUGGAUCCUUCCAUGCUCCUCCGUCCGUCCGCCUUGCUAUAAGCAGGCAGGCAGCCACCAAUAAGCUAGCUCUUGCUGUUGUUUUGCAUGUUUGAUUGGGUGUCCCUUCCCAGUCGAGAUGGAAUAAAAUAAAUGUCAGGCGCACGUACAGAUGUGUUAUUACGAUAUUUCUCCCCUACAAAUAAAAACUCGAUUUGUGGGGUUAACACUGUCCCCUAGUAUUACAAUUAAAAAAAAGAUGUUAUCACGCAUGUUAAGAAAAC